AUGGGGCGAGCUAAGGGUAUCGAUGAAGCAGAUUUGCAAGAGGUGCUGAGCCUUCGGGAUGAUUUUGGAGGUUUACAGCAAGAGAGCACACAGCUGCGUGCGGAGAUGACCAAGUUGCAGGAGGAAAUGCAGUCGAUGAGUGGCAAACAAGGGGAAAUCUCAAAGCAUGUGGGUAAUGUAGAGCAAGUAGUUUUGGACCUCAGCAAGCAACUGUCGGCGAUGAGUUCUGUCUUGCAGACAUUGGUGAAAACCACAGCAUCCCACACGCAACACGAGAGAUCAUCUAGCUCUAAUCAUGUCCCAAAAUCCCCAACAUUACAGCAGGAAGAGAUCCAGAAUCAGGUGGACAGAACAGAGCAACUCAGGAAACAAUUGGAGCUGGAGAAAGAGAAAUCCAAACAAAUAGAAGAACAACUGCAUAAUUUACCUCCUAUAAGAACAACCCGAGUUCAGGCACCCCCAGGUUAUGCACAUCCUAUCAGAUCUGAGACAAUACCAAAUGUUGGAACUCCCAUGACUGCUAGAGAUCAGAUGCAUACACCUGCUUUCAAUCAGUACUAUCAGAACAACAGAGAUAGGCAACUAUGGCAAGGCUACCGCAGAAGCUAUGAACAAGAUAUGCAGGCACAAUUCAUGAAGUCAGUAACAAAAGGUCCCAAGCUAGAUUUUCCAAGAUUUUCAGGUGAAGAUCCGGUGGGCUGGUUGAGACAGUGCAACAAGUACUUUCAAAUGUCAGGAGCUCCUGAGGAGUACAAGAUAUCCCUGGCCCAAAUGUAUGUCAUAGGGGAUGCAGAUGUGUGGUUGAGAAGGUCUGGGUUACUGAAAAAGCAGUUGACAUGGAAGCAAUUUGGGGCUGAGGUGGUUAAACGGUUCUCGGACAAGGGUUCAUAUGAUCUAACUGAGAAAUUCAAUUCAGUUAAACAGUUGCAGAGUACAGUUUCUGAAUACACCAAAAUGUUUGAGGAUUUAAUGGCUGAUGUUCAAGAGGAAAAUCCUGAGCUGGGGGAACUUUGGUUUGUGAGAUGCUAUGUGAAUGGCUUAAGGGAUGGGAUCAAGUAUCAGUCGAGGCCACUUCGUCCUCAAACUCUUACAGAUGCUUAUUGCUUAGCUAAGGAUAUAGAGCCUUGUCACCCUCCUGUGUCCACAGCACCUAAGAAAACAGGGGCAUCCUAUACCAAUUUUUAUCAGAAAAAUAAUUGGUCUGCUCCAGGGAAGCAAAGCACUCCUGUCUUACCAACACAACUGCCAGUAAGGCAAGCAGAGAUACCUGUUAACAAUUCCCAGAAGAUAAGAAAAGUGGGAGAAUGCUGGAGAUGUGGGGACAAAUGGAUGCAUGGCCACAGAUGCAAAUUAAUUCCUAAUGUGCAUUUGUUGCAACAAGAGAGUGAGGACCAACAACAGGAAGAGGUGGAAGAUGCAAUACCACAAGAACAAAUUGAAGCAGUAGAACAAGAAGAACAAGUUAUGUUUGUUUCAGCUCAUGCUAUGGGGCAAAGAUUGGCAGUGCCCACCCCAACAAUUGUGAUACAUAUGAAUGGAAAGAGAGCAGUUGCUCUGCUGGACUCAGGCAGUACAACUUCUUUCAUUAAUGCACAGUUUGCAGCUAAACUCAAUUGCAACAUGAUUCCAGUAAAACCUAAAGCUAUUGAGGUAGCUGGAGGAGGAAAAUUAAUGUCUACUGCUGUCAUACCCUAUUGUGAGUUUCAGAUAGCAAAAAUCAAGUUGUCUCACAAUUUCAGAACAUUAGACCUGCCCAGUCAUGAUGUUAUCUUGGGAUAUGACUGGUUUACUGAAGUCAGUCCAGUUUCCUUUGAUAUUCCCAAACAAAACUUCAGUUUUACACAACAGGGCCAGCAGACUGUGACCACGGCCAUUUACACAAAUUCUGAAACAACCAAGGAAGUACCAGUGGAGAGAGUGCAGAAGCAAAUGGAAAAAGGAGCAGAGAUCUUCCUUCUGCAAGUGCACAAUGUCUUGAUGGAAGCACCUGAGGGGACUAAAACACCUCCUCAAAUACAGAAGUUAGUAAUGGAGUAUGCAGAUUUAUUUGAGGAACCUACUACACUUCCUCCUCACAGAGCUUUAGACCACAAAAUUCCAUUGGUACCUGGUGCUAACCCUCCCCAUAUGAGACCUUAUAGAGUGCCCCAACAUCAAAAGAAGGAAAUGGAGGAGCAGAUCAAGAAGCUGCUAGCAGCACACCUGAUUAGGCACAGUCAGAGCCCAUAUGCUGCACCAGUACUGUUGGUCAAAAAGAAGGAUAGCUCCAUGAGAUUGUGUACUGACUUUAGGAAGUUGAACUCCUUGACAAUUAAAAACAAAUUUCCUAUUCUGGUAAUUGAGGAUUUGUUGGAUGAGCUACAUGGAGCUAAAUACUUCUCUAAAUUGGACUUGAGAUCUGGAUAUCACCAAAUCAGGAUGCAUCUAGAAGAUAUACACAAAACAGCUUUCAGAACCUUUUUAGGCCACUUUGAGUAUUUAGUGAUGCCUUUUGGGUUGUCUAAUGCACCUGGCACCUUCCAGGAACUGAUGAACACUAUCUUUGGGCCUUAUCUGAGAAAAUUUGUGUUAGUUUUCUUCGAUGACAUUCUCAUUUACAGCAGAAACCUCAAGGAACACUUGGAGCACAUUAAAAUAGUAAUGGAGGUGUUGAGAGAAAACAAGCUUUUUGCAAAGCUCUCCAAGUGUGUGUUUGCAGUGCAACAAGUGGAAUAUUUGGGGCAUGUCAUUUCAGAAAAAGGAGUUGCAAUUGACCCUAAAAAGAUUGCUGCUAUUGCUGAAUGGUCCACCUCUGACACAGUUACUAAAGGGCAAUUCCAGUGGACACAGGUGCAUGAUCAAGCUUUUGCUCAACUGAAACAAGCACUCACUACAGCACCUGUGUUGGCACUCCCCUUCAUUUUAUCUGUGGCACAAGCUUUUGUGGACAAUAUUGUCAGGCUGCAUGGCCCUCCAAAACUGAUUAUAUCUGACAGAGACAGGAUCUUUACAAGUAAAUUAUGGAAGGAUAUCUUUACUGCUUUAAAAGUGGAGCUAAGAUCACUAAAAAUGUCUCCCUUUCAAGCCUUGUAUGGAUUUCCUCCACCCUUAAUAUCAGAACUUGCAAUUCCUGGUCCUGAGAAUGAGGAAGCACAUGAUUUUCUCUCCUGCAAACAGAAGAUGCUGGAACAUUUGAAGGAGAACUUAUGCAAAGCUCAACAAAGAAUGAAGAGAUAUGCAGAUCUUAAGAGAGUGGAAAGAACCUUAUCAGUGGGAGAUAUGGUAUACUUGAAAAUGGCUCCAUAUCGAUUGGCUGCAUUUGGAUUUCGAGGUGUUUUAAAACUCCAGAAUAAGUAUUAUGGCCCUUUUAUGAUCAUCCAAAAGGUGGGAAACUCGGCAUAUAAGCUCCAAUUUCCCCAGGGAGUGCAGAUACAUCCAGUUUUCCAUGUCAGCCAGCUCAAGAAACACAUCGGCAGCAAGACAAUUCCCAGUCCCAUGCUGCCCAUGGUUAAUGCAGACGGCACCAUCAAAACUGGUCCGGCAGCAGUGCUGCAAGUCAGACAAAUACCACGCAACAACUUGCCUGUGGUGCAAUGGUUGAUUCACUGGAAAAACCUCUCAGAAGAGGAGGCCACCUGGGAAGAUGCCGAUUUUAUCAAAUACUCAUUCCCAGAGUUCUUCAGAACAACUACUCAGGCAUGGAGGGAGGCAGCAACAACGACGUGA